ACGCUGAAGAGAUCAGUUUGUGCAACCGGUCAGCGAGUCAGUCACUCUCUGUACAUGAGAGCUCUGAGGCCUUACAGUACUGUGGAAGUGUGUAAAUGUGUGCGUAUUAUGGAGUGUGUCACUUUGGGAAACCGUCUAACCAAGCGAUACAAACAUUUAUCCCGCAAACAAACUGCCGCCUCACCAUGAGCAGACUAAGUGAGCAAAUAAUUGAGUACGCCAUUCAAUCUGCUGCCCGCUUCUCGAAGUGAGUGUCGGUUUUUGUGUGCACUAUAUUUUGUAUCGCCCGUGUUGCCGUAUUUGUGUAUUUGUUAUACGUUAAAACGUGCUGCGAAAAUCAACAGUAAAUCAUUGAUGUGAGAAACGUGUAAGCGGUAACAAGUUCAAUUUUCGCGACGCUACAUAUCUACGAAGGCACACAUCUACACAUAUCUUUCAGUGCGAUACGUAUACUCGUGAAGUGCGUACAAUUCGUUAUAACUUGGGCCAGUUGAGGAAAUAUAUUGUAAUAAAAGCCCGAAUGCCGAGAUUGUUCAAAGACGAGUUUUGGAAGUCUGUUGUAGUACCUUAAAUUGAACAUUAAAACAAAAGAAAAUACAAGAAAUUCAAAAUAUUAAAAAGGAAACGGUUUUGUUAGAUUCUUUUAGUUUGUUGCUUUUGUUAUUGUUUUACAUAAUCAACAAUAAAAGUGGCUCGCGCUUGUUCGGAGGCAAAAUGAGUUUCAGCGGACCGAGCGGACCACGUGAUAACGUGCGAAAAUUAUCCUUUCUGGGCUUCAACACAAAGAAGUCCACCGGGAAUGAGGAUCCAAACGAGGUUUACUUGGAUUCGGAAAUGGAAAAAGUUUUCGCCGGUCCAAGUGCCCAUAAGGAAAAGUUCGAUGUAACGACAUUUCAGGACGCAAAUCAGCCGAUCGGAUCGUAUAAGCAGAGCAACGUGCAUCGUAAAAGUGAACUGAACAUUGAAGAAGAUUCCGAAUAUGAAAGUACAACGGAUCCCGUUAAUCUACAAAAUUAUGAUGACCUACCUGAGGACUACCCACUAGUAUCAGAACGCGCUGGACACGGUGACCACUCGGAUAAUUCCGCCGAGGAAAAGCAGGUGCACUUCGGAAAGAAAAAGGCUGUAGUAACACCGCCCACUUUAGUAUACGAUGAACAACCCGCUGACAAUAUACACGAACGAAAACGACGAAGAAGCCGCCAUCAGUAUUAUAGACAACGUAAAUUUUCCCAUCAAGACAGCGUGGAAACCAAAAAGGUGGUCGAGGAGAAUGGCGAGGCCGGUGUCCGCAAGGUAUCCGUGCAACCGGAGGAUACCACAUUAGAGGAGGCCGAUCUCAAUGAGUUGAGAUCUCAUCGUUCCGAUGAUCCCCGUGCGCUCAGACGUCACAAAAUCCACCAUUCAUCAAUCAAGUUGCGCGAAUUGCCGCAAAUUAGUGUGGCGGGCUUGCAGCUGAAGAAGGUCUACGAUCAUAGUCCGCAUGAGAUAUUUGUGCAACUCGAUGAACUCACUGGCUUAGGCGAAGAACGCGAAUGGAAGGAAACAGCCCGUUGGAUCAAGUACGAGGAAGAUGUUGAGGAAGGCUCCGAUCGCUGGGGCAAACCUCACGUUGCUUCACUCUCCUUUCACUCGUUGCUCAAUUUACGUCGCUGCCUCGAAACGGGUGUUGUGCUGCUGGACUUGAAUGAGAAGGACCUGCCGGCAGUGGCAUACCGUGUUGUGGAGCAGAUGGUCGUUGAAGAUCUAAUCAAUGCCGAGGACAAACCGGCGCUCAUGCGCUCAUUGCUGUUGCGUCACCGACACGUGAACGAACACCAGAGCGGCUUUCCGUUUACGAAGCGGAAAUAUAGCAGCUACACAAGUUUACAGUUGCUUUGGAUGGGCGGCGAAAUUCAACAGCAACAACAAUUGGCACUGCAACAACAUCUUACCAACGUUGAAAAUGCCAAAAAGCGACGGUCUGUAUGCGAGACCCUUAGUGCACCGCCCACAUCCAUUUCACUUUGCAGCGAACCGCACAACGGUACCAAUAGACGGCACUCCACCAUGUCUUACUUGGGAAACCUCUCUGGGGAAGACAAAAAGCCUAGAAUAAUGCCGGCAGCUGAGAUUGGUGGCAGCAAACGCAGCAAUGAGUUGAAGAUUGAUAUGAGGGACGACUUGUAUUCUUCGUCGCAGGAGAAUCUUCAAAAGCUGCAAAACGACAGCAUACUUAAGCGCAUACCUGUGGGUUCUGAAGCAACAACGGUGUUGGUGGGUGCAGUGGACUUCCUGCAACAACCAACCAUCGCAUUCGUGCGUCUUGCAGAGGGUGUGCUUAUGCCCACUUUAACAGAGGUAGCCGUGCCGGUACGUUUUAUGUUCAUACUCAUGGGCCCUCCAACCCUUGACUUGGACUAUCAUGAAGUGGGUCGAUCCAUUGCAACGCUAAUGGCAAACGAACCAUUCCACGCAAUUGCAUACAAGGCAGAUGAUCGUAAGGAUCUGCUUUCGGCCAUUAACGAGUUCUUGGAUGAUUCCAUUGUGCUGCCUCCGGGUAAUUGGGAGCGUCAAGAUCUCUUGCCAUUUGCGGAAUUGAAAGCAAAGAAGGACUGGAUCCGCUCGCGCAAGCGAAAGGCGUUAGAGGUAAAAAAUGAAUUGAAGGAGAAGAUAAAAGAAGAAGCUAAAAUAAUUGUUGAAAAGAAACCGGAAUUGGAAAGUGGUGAUGGAAAGAAGAAGAUUAAUCCGUUAGAAAAAACGCACAAGUGGUGGGGUGGUUUGCGUAAUGACCUUAAGCGCCGUCUGCCCAUGUAUAAGAGCGAUAUCACCGAUGGUCUGAACACGCAAACGUUGGCCGCCACGAUCUUCAUGUACUUUGCUUGCCUCUCGACCGCAAUCACCUUCGGUGGUUUGGCCUCCGAAAAGACUGGCAAUCUGAUUGGUAUAUCAGAGACCUUGUUGAGCACAGCACUUUGUGGUUUAAUUUUCCACACGAUUUCUGGACAACCGCUCGGUAUUAUAGGUACAACUGGUCCACUGCUGCUCUUUGACGAAGCGUUGAUUAACUUUUGUCGUGAGAACAAUUUGCCCUUCCUCACCAUACGCGCCUACAUCGGUGUUUGGUUGGCCAUCAUUGCUACUACGCUGUCUGCGUUCGAGUGCAGCGUUUAUGUGCGGCUGUUUACCCGAUUCACACAGGAAAUUUUUUCUGCAUUAAUCACAUUGAUCUACAUCUAUGAGACAUUGAUGAAAUUAGUUUCGGUAUAUAAGAAGAACCCGCUAUUGGCCGACUAUAAUUUCCCACCAGCAACACUAGCACCACAAUUACAGGGUUUUGAUAAUACAACGAUGGAGAAUAUGGGUAAUGUAACCGCCGAUGUUCCGGUCUUGAGCACUACAUCCAGCAUUGGUUUAAUUUCGAAUAUCAUAUCCCAUACUAACAUGCCAAACACUGCACUUUUCUGCACGAUACUCACCUUGGGCACCUUCACGAUCGCCUACUAUCUCAAACUCUUCCGUAAUUCCCAUUUCCUGGGACGAAAUGCUCGCCGUGCGCUGGGUGACUUUGGUGUGCCGAUCGCCAUAGCGAUUUUCGUGUUGAUUGACUAUCUUAUACCACAAGUGUACACGGACAAACUUAGCGUGCCGGAGGGUAUUUCACCCAGUGAUCCGGAAGUGCGCGGUUGGUUGGUGCCCCUGGGAGGUAUGCCUGUUUGGGCACCCUUUGCCUGUGGCAUACCCGCCAUUUUGGUAUACAUUCUCAUCUUUAUGGAGUCGCAUAUUUCGGAAUUGAUUGUCGAUAAGCCGGAGCGAGGUCUGAAGAAGGGCUCCGGACUACAUUUGGAUAUUGUGAUAUUAGGAUUUUUGAAUACAUGUUGUGGCCUCUUCGGCACGCCAUGGCAUUGUGCAGCUACCGUGCGUUCAGUAACACACGUCUCUGCUCUAACGGUGAUGUCAAGAACGCACGCCCCUGGUGAGACUCCACGCAUCAUCGAUGUUAAGGAGCAACGUCUCUCUGGUUUCUUUGUGGCUCUCUUAAUCGGAUUAUCCGUGACAAUGGCACCUUUGCUGCGAUUGGUACCUAUGGCGGUGCUGUUCGGUGUAUUCCUAUACAUGGGUAUCGCAUCGAUGAGCGGCGUACAAUUCUUCGACAGAAUGGGAUUAUACUUUAUGCCUGUAAAGCAUUAUCCCCCCACACCGUAUGUGAAGCGAGUGCCCACUUGGAAAAUGCAUAUGUUUACCACAAUACAAUUGCUCUGUCUUACUUUACUCUGGGCUGUGAAAUCGUCCAAAAUAUCAUUGGCUUUCCCCUUCUUUUUGAUUAUGAUGGUGCCAAUAAGGCAGCGACUUGCCAUGCUCUAUACACCCGAACAACUGCAAGCGCUCGAUGGAAGUGAAGCCAAAGAUGAGGACGAACCCGAUUUCUACGAAGAAGCAACCAUUCCGGCAUAAGGAAGGACAUGUACAUAUGAAAAGCUGUAUUUAAAGCAAAUAUUAAAUAGAUUUGAAAAGCUUUAUAAAUAGAAAAAGUUUAGGAUAUUGUGAUUUUAUAAACCAUUUCAAAUGUAUUUAGUUUGUGGUGAAUAAGGCCGCUAACUUAAAAGCCUGCAUAACUGUAAUUGAAGGAAUUGCCUGUACUUAAGCAUAAAUUUAUACACUUAAGUGCUUUAUAAAAUAUUUUAUUGUUCUUAAAGUCAUUUAACUUUUACAUUUUCUAUUUUAUGAAUCUUUUGCUAGUUGAAUUCGUUUUAAUUUUUGAAGAUAGAGUUGUAGAUUUGCAUUGAUUAAUGUUAAAGGAACCACAACAAAAAACAAAAAGAAGCAAAGUAUUUUUCUACCCUAACGCUGUAUAACUAAAACAAAAACAAAAAAAAAAAUCUUAAGCAAAAAGUAUUGUAGUCACUUUAUUUAUAUAAAGAGCAAAUUGUAUGUUAUGUGUAUGUAUAUGUUAAAAUUAAAAAAAAGUUAAUAGAAGAGCGUGGCGCGUUCACGAUUAAAGUAUUAUCUUGCAAAAUCAAAAUUACUGAUAACUGUAUAUGUGUAUGGUAAUUAGUUGAAGGUAUUGCAAUUUUAUUAGGUAUUAGUAUAGAAAUAUUAAAUAAAUUAUUGUCGCAAAUCGCCAGGCAAGUUGUGUAGAAGUGAUCCAAGCAAAUUUUAAUAACAAAUAUAUAUAUGAUGUGUUACUAAUUGUUAUCGAAAUGCACUCUUACCGAAACCGAAAUAGUUCAUACUUAAUAGAACCACUGAAUGUCCCUUACUUAGUGACAACUUAAUUAGUUGUUAUUGAUUUUAAUUAAUUAAGAAAUCAUAGCUGUGUGUGCAUUAACACAAAAACGAAAACAAAUACAAAUCAUUUCGAGGCGAAAUAUGUGAACUUAGUGCUUUGUAAGCCAGCGAGUCUAUCGCUGUUAAUGUCAUUGUGAUGUACUGUACUUAUCAGCUUGGAACAAUAAUUGAAACAAAGAAAUCGAACAUGGAACACCGUUUAUUAGAGAUGCUAAAUAUUUUCAGACGCAAAUACAUGCAUACUUAACAAUCAAAGAUAUGAAACGUUAUUAUAUUUAAAAAAGUAUAAAAGACAAAUUUUGAAAAUAAACAAAUAAAAUAAUCCUAUUGUUAUGACUAAAAUCCUCUUAGACUUAAUAAAUAAAAUAUUGAGUGAUUUAAAUUAACACAAAAUUUGCGAUUAAAUACAUAUGAAGAACUUAAAGAUUGACCUCAGACAAUUUGCGGACACAAAACAGCGCAGUAAGUACGACGGAGUGCAAGGCAUCAAAGUAAUAAUGUUGCAACUGAUCGCAUCGUAAUGGUUGGCCGAGCUUUUUCUUCCAUCUAUGGCCUGCGUUUUGCUGUAGUCCGAGGAGUGGAGAGAUACCUAACCCUUUCGAGCAAACGCAAAUCGGAAAUACUUGUUUUGACCUUGAUCGGAACAGAUACCGACUUCAGGUCCUAGGCAGGCACUUCCUCUGAUGGUGUGAUCCAAACCACGGCUUCCAUAAAUGUCAGUCUUUGCUCUUAACUUACUUUCAUUAAUAAAGGGUGUGCAUCUGUUUCCACUUCACUUGCUUUGUUUCUACAACACGUAAUUGUAUUUGUCUGACAAAAAAAUGAGUUUUUGAAAAUAUUAAGAGUUCGAAGAAUUUAGUGGCAACGUCCAACGAUAUAGAAAUAUUUCCAAAUUUUAAAUUUCUAAUUUUAUUUUCCCUUCAUCAAUCAGCUCAGUUGUCUUGUAUUGUUUACGUUUAAUUUACAAUUUCACGCAUUGGUUUUGAAAAUGUUUUGAAAAUCCAAAUUUUAUUGUACAAAAAUUAAAAAAAAAAUAAUAAAUAAACCAAAAUGAGUAAUUGUGUAAUGAAUAUAAGUGCGGAUAAAUUAAACAACUUCAUCCAACAAUCCGCAUCAAUUGAGGAAUCACUAGAACUAGCCAAAAGAGGAACCGAACAAAUUAGAAAUGAAAUUGAAUUGUUGAAACAGAUACAAAAGUUUCAUGAAGAAUACGACUAUCUAACGAAUGCGUUGAAUGACAAAGCGAGAUCAAAAUCUGAAAUUACCACACUUAAAAGGGAACUCUUCACUUUAGUGCGGAAACGAAUACAACUGCUUCGUAUUUUCAACAAACAUUGCGACGAUUUCAAAUCGGACAUGAAGUUGAUGCGCCAAUUGCAAUCAUCAAAUGACUUUCAAUAUGAGGUCGGGGAUGGCGGAAGCGAAUGUGAUGAUGCCGAUGAUAUAAACGAGCAGGUCGGUAUUCGCAACACAACGGAAAGGGAAACGUGGUGCAGUGAAAAUUGGUUUUCUCCACGCUCUUCGUGUACUACUUUUGUUUAGUCGUAAUAAGAGAAUAAUUCCACCACCAAUCAAUCCGAUCUGGAAAAGGAUUUUCAUUAAAAGUCUAACCUGGCUUUUACAUUUUUAUCAAAUUUCGUUCAUCGCAAUAAUUAGAUACCCAAAAAGUGCUAAACACGCUUAGCUGAAGUGCAAACAUACAUAUGUACAUAUGUAUAUGUAUAUGGUAUAUCAAGUGCUUUGAAGGUAUACAUAUGUACAUAUACUUCUGAUUCGUAAUAAAUCAACAUUUAACACUA